UUUUCAAGUUCUGGAAUAUGAUUAUGAUCUAUAAGCAAUAACUUUUAUUUACAAUCAUGUUUGAAGUAAAUCCAAUAUCCGCGGACCACAAAGAUGUUAUCCACGACGUUGUUUUCGAUUACUACGGACGACGUAUGGCCACUUGUUCCAGUGACCAAACUGUGAAAAUCUGGGAUGAAGACGAUUUAGGCAAGUUGACAGUUUCGAGUAGUUGGAAAGCACAUUCUGGUUCUAUAUGGCGUAUAUCAUGGGCACAUCCAGAGUUCGGGCAAGUUUUGGCGACAUGUUCAUUUGACCGUACCGCUUCGGUAUGGGAGGAAGUUGCUGGUGAAAAAGUCGCAGCCACCAUGACACCAGCUCGUAGAUGGGUGCGUCGUACGACUCUGGUGGACUCUCGCACUAGUGUUACUGAUGUGGAAUUCGCUCCCAAAUACUUGGGCCUUCUUUUGGCCACAGUCUCAGCGGAUGGUAUAAUUCGCAUUUACGAAGCACCGGAUAUAAUGAAUCUUUCACAGUGGCCAGUUCAGCACGAAAUAACAAAUAAAUUACCAUUGAGCUGCAUAUCGUGGAACACUUCCACAUACAAGCUUUCUUCGCAUCUUCUAGCCGCCGGUAGUGACGAUACUUCUGCGCAUACGGGGAAAGUCUUAAUCUUUGCAUAUAACGAAAGCGCGCGAAAAUGUGCAGUAGUGGAAACUAUAAAUGAAAUAAACCAGCCUGUAACUGACCUAUCGUUCGCUCCUGCCGCUGGUCGUCGAUUUCAUAUAUUAGCAGUAGCUAGUAAAGAUCUGUAUAUUGUAAAUAUUCGAGGAGCAACUGAUUCUUCCGCAAAUGCGAAACUGGAAAUCCAAACCAUUAAGUUUAGCGAUCACAAUUGUCCCGUUUGGAGAGUAUGUUGGAAUAUGCUGGGUACAAUGCUGAUUUCUACUGGCGAUGAUGAUAGCGUUCGAAUGUGGCGAAUGAAUUAUACAGGAAACUGGAAAUGCGCUGCUGUGUUGAAAGCUGAAGGGAGUCAUCCGUCUUAUGAACCUAGUCUUAACUCUCCGACAUUCACUGCCGCAGCCGCGGCUACUGCCAAAUACUAUAAAAAAGGCACAAUUAGCAACCCAAGUCAGGUGCCUUGGCACUAGUGUAAGUAGUUUAUUUUACUUUAAGCCCUUUACUGUGUUUCUAUGUACGUAAUAAAGAUAUUUUAAAUACAA